AUGGGCCCCUGUACCGCCUCCUCAUGCUGCUGCCAGGUCCAGAGUGUGUCAUGGGUCCCUGUACAGCCUCCCAUUGCUGCUGUCUCCAUCGCCACACUCUGCCAUGUGCCACUUUCAGGUCUCCUCACACACUGCUGGUGUGUUCCAUUUUUUGUCAUAGGGUGCUGGCAGAUUACUGGCCUCCCAUAGCUGCUGCCAGGCCCCUAAUCUGCCAUGGGCCCCUGUACCGCCUCCUCAUGCUGCUGCCAGGCCCGUAAUCUGCCAUGGGCCCCUGUACCGCCUCCUCAUGCUGCUGCCAGGUCCAGAGUCUCUCAUGGGUCCCUGUACGGCCUCCCAUUGCUGCUGUCUCCAUCGCCACACUCUGCCAUGUGCCACUUUCAGGUCUCCUCACACUGCUGGUGGGUUCCAUUUUGUCAUAGGGUGCUGUAUGGCCUCCCAUUGCUGCUGCCUCCACCGCCACACUGUGGCUCCACACUCUGGUUUUGGCCCCGUGACUGCCCAAAUGAGUGAAGUGUGCGGUGAUUCUAAGAUCGACGGCACUCAUCUGCAUGUCAUACUGACUGACAGUAUUAUUUCUCUUCCCCAGCAGGCUCCAAGGGCAUUUAAAUUAAAGGUACAGUGUUCUGCACUAAUAUAA